GGCGGCUCAGGCAGCCUCUCCCGCCCCCUGCGUGUCACUCGCGCUUUGCGUAUGUGGCCCUCCCCGCCAGCAGCAGCCCCAUAUACACUCUGCCUAGCGCCAACCGGGGCCAGAGGAGGCGCGGGAGGCGAGCACGCUGCAACUCCGCCUCCUUCUCCUGGCUGCCUCCCCGCCUCCGACUGCAGCAGGGAGAGCAGAGCCAAGCGCUGCCCCGGCAGUUCAUACAAACCCGCUGAGGCGCUCGUCUGGGCAGGAGCGUGCGGCGGCGUCUCUUCGAAAGGGAGAAGCAGCUGCCCUCUCUUCUGCGGGAGCGACGGCGAGAGACGCCCGCUUUGCCGGUGCGCGGGGGAAGGAAGGCCCGGCUCGCGCUGCGUUUCUUCUUCCCGGCGCUUCCAUGCCGUGAGCUGCCCUGUCCUAGGAGCUGGACGCGAGUGCCCCGGAGGAAGCGAAGCGCCGGCUGUGUGGAAGAAAAUGUCAGUCAGCAUGCACGAGAAUCGCAAGUCAAGAGCCAGCACUGGCUCCAUAAACAUAUACUUAUUCCACAAAUCUUCAUAUGCUGAUAGUGUCCUCACUCAUCUCAACCUUCUGCGCCAACAACGUCUUUUUACAGAUGUGCUUCUCCAUGCUGGGAACAAGUCAUUCCCUUGCCACAGAGCUGUCCUAGCUGCUUGCAGUCGUUAUUUUGAAGCAAUGUUCAGUGGAGGACUCAAAGAGAGUCAAGCCAGUGAAGUCAACUUCCAUAACUCUAUCCAUCCAGAAGUCCUAGAACUUCUCUUGGACUAUGCCUACUCCUCAAGGGUCAUCAUCAAUGAAGAGAAUGCAGAAUCCCUUCUAGAGGCUGGUGACAUGUUGGAGUUCCAAGAUAUUCGAGAUGCAUGUGCAGAGUUCUUAGAGAAGAAUCUUCAUCCCACUAACUGUCUUGGCAUGCUGCUUCUAUCAGAUGCUCACCAGUGCACCAAACUUUAUGAGCUGUCCUGGAGAAUGUGCCUCAGCAACUUCCAGACUAUCAGCAAAAGUGAUGAUUUUCUCCAGCUCCCAAAAGACAUGGUUGUGCAGCUCCUGUCUAGUGAAGAAUUGGAGACCGAAGAUGAGCGGCUGGUAUAUGAGUCCGCCAUGAACUGGGUUAACUGUGAUCUGAAUAAACGGCACUGUUACCUGCAUGAACUGUUGCAGACUGUGAGACUAGCUCUUCUGCCAGCCAUCUAUCUGAUGGAAAAUGUUGCAACUGAGGAGCUGAUCACCAAGCAGAGAAAGAGCAAAGAGAUUGUAGAAGAAGCCAUAAGGUGCAAGCUGAAGAUCUUGCAGAAUGAUGGUGUGGUCACCAGUUUGUGUGCCAGACCUCGAAAAACUGGCCAUGCCUUAUUUCUUCUAGGAGGACAAACCUUUAUGUGUGACAAGUUGUACUUGGUGGACCAAAAAGCAAAGGAGAUCAUUCCAAAAGCUGACAUCCCAAGCCCAAGGAAAGAAUUUAGUGCAUGUGCUAUUGGCUGCAAAGUCUAUAUCACUGGUGGCCGGGGGUCUGAAAACGGAGUUUCUAAAGAUGUUUGGGUAUAUGAUACUCUUCAUGAAGAGUGGUCCAAGGCUGCUCCCAUGCUAGUUGCUCGAUUUGGCCAUGGCUCUGCUGAACUCAGACACUGUCUGUAUGUUGUAGGUGGGCACACAGCAGCCACUGGCUGUCUUCCAGCUUCUCCCUCAGUAUCCUUAAAGCAAGUAGAACAGUAUGACCCCGUGACCAACAAAUGGACAAUGGUUGCCCCACUUCGAGAAGGAGUCAGCAAUGCUGCUGUAGUCAGUGCCAAGUUGAAGCUAUUUGCCUUUGGCGGGACCAGUGUUAGCCAUGAUAAGCUACCCAAAGUUCAGUGUUACGACUUGUGUGAAAACAGAUGGACAGUACCCGCUACCUGCCCCCAGCCCUGGCGAUACACAGCUGCAGCUGUUCUGGGAAAUCAGAUUUUUAUUAUGGGUGGAGAUACUGAAUUCUCUGCAUGCUCAGCUUAUAAAUUUAACAGUGAAACAUACCAGUGGACUAAGGUGGGAGAUGUGACUGCGAAGAGAAUGAGCUGCCAUGCAGUAGCAUCUGGGAACAAGUUGUAUGUGGUUGGAGGAUAUUUUGGUAUCCAGAGAUGCAAAACGCUAGAUUGCUACGACCCCACACUAGAUGUGUGGAACAGCAUAACCACAGUGCCCUACUCGUUAAUCCCCACUGCAUUUGUGAGCACAUGGAAGCAUCUCCCUUCUUAACUGCAUGUGUGGCCUAUCAGUUUGUUCUAUUAUUUGAUGAAGAAAUGUUGGACCUUCAACCAACUCUGGAGGAGUGGCUUUCAUGAAGAAAAACUAAUUUUAUUUUGAAGAAAAUAUUCUGCACCUUCUGAAUUCUUAAGCUGGAAAUGAAGGAAUGGGAGGGGAAGACUGUCUCCAGUAUAUCAGCACAUGGUUUAACUAUGAAUGAAUGAACCUAUGAUCUGGUCCCUGUGUUAGUAAUUGUGGAUUAAUGUCAAGUUUAAUCAGCCCUUCAAAGUAGGGGGCGGCGGGGUGCGGGGGAAAGCUGAACUUUUCAUAGCAGCACAACCCUCAAUUUUCAUGGACUCUGCUGUUGGUGUGCAAAAUUUGAAAUGGUUGUCACCUCUCUUUGUGACAGCUUGAAGUGUCAGCAGCAGCUGCAGAGGAAGUGGGCCAUGUCUGGAGCAGCAAGAUGUCUUUGUGAAUGAAGAUGCAGCUGUAUCCCUGCUCUGGGAAUGAGCUUGUUUUCCUAGGCAGUGCCUGGAGCAUCAGUUUAGAUGGUUGUUGCUGUGGCUAGUGACCUCCUUGCUACGGAGAAACAGCACAACUUUUUUUUUUUUAAGGCUUUUGCAACAUGUGUGGGUGAAGGGACAGAACUCUUUUCUUCCCACCCCCCACACACAUUUUGAUUUCCUCUUGUAUUUAUUAAUUACUACCAGUGUCCUGCUCCUAAGUUGUUACUUGUUGUAGAUAUAGCUAUUUAUUGUUCAGUGCUUGCAUGCUGAAACAAAGCCUACAGUUGUCUUCAAGUUAGAAGGGCUUAUGUGAUUCGUAUGUUUUGCACAUUCUUUGGUCUCCGGCUUGUUCUGCUGUACAAGAAAAAGGCUGAAUAAUAUUGAAGGAGGGAUUGGUACAAGGUGGGGGUCAGAAAUUGAAGGAUUACAAAGCAGGAUCUCAAAUUACACACUCUCUCUCUCUCUCUCUCUCUCUCUCUCUCUCUCUCUCUCUCUCUCUCUCUCUCGGAAGAAGCCAUGGAGGUCACUUUCUCAGGCCAGUGACUUCGCAGCUUACAUGUGGUGUGGUUCGCUGAUAGUAUCCCUGUUAAUGCAUUAUUUGCCUAGUCAUGCCUUCUUGAAUGAACUCAUCUGGAAACAGCCACAAUUGCGUUAAAGCUUUCUUUUUGUGCAGCUUCAUCACUACUGGGAAGAGGGGAAACCCUGCAGAAUUUCUGUAUACAAAGGCCUAUUCAUAGCAUUAGCCAAUUUUUGUUGGCUUUUUGUUUUGUUUUAUUUAUUUAAUUUAUUUUUAGGAGAUGGGAUGUUUUACCAUUGCCACAUUGAUCUGACCAAGGAAAUUAGACUGGCCUGAUAUUAAUGUACACUGUACCCUACAGCAGCAUAAUCUAAAGUCCAGUGUAAUUGUUAGGAUGUCAAAGGAGAAAAGUUGCAAUGUCCUCAAACACUUGUAUUAUUUUGCAUUAAUCAGCAGUUAGACCUUGAAAAACUUAGUACCUGGAAAUGUUACAAAAGAUCCUGGUCAAAUAGAUUUUUUAAAAAAUGCCCCCACCCCAAGCUAAGGCUUUUAGUUUACUCAGCUUUCAAACCUGACCCUACCCUUCUAGUUUUUCACAUACGGCGUCUUUGCCAAAUUUCUAGUUCUAAAGACACUAUUGUGUUGUGUUUUCAUAAGAAUUGGUACAGCCCAAGCAACAUAAAGCUGCCAGUCUUCCAUUGUGGUUGGUUGUCUUAUCUUAAUGUUGUAUAAACAGAAAUUCUUUGAAAUGCAUGCAUGCAUGCCUAAAAUAAGUUUAUGAUGGUAAUGCCUGCCUACAUGAUGAUACUGAUGCUGAUGUAGUUUAAAUUCUUUGACAGUUCUUACCAUAUGAAAAACAUUUACAAUGUUCAGUUGUAGGAAUUUUCUUAUGCUACCCUAGGCUAAUAUUCCAGCCUCUCAGUAUAUUUAUUUAUUUCUUAUGUAUGAUCUUAUAUAAGAAAUGAAUGGGUGUGCCAUUUCGCAAAUAGUGAGCUGUGCUUCUCAACAGGGUUAGCCAAAAGGUUUUUGAAAAUUACUGCUGUAGUUCAGCGUUUCCUCAACUCUGUACUGUUCUGAUCUGCAUGGUUUUGACCAACUCUCACAUUUUCUUAGGUUAGAGUCGUAACAAGGGAGACUACUUGUUCAGUGGGGAGGGGCUGUAGCUCAGUCGUAGAGCACAUGCUUUGCUUGCAGAAGGUUCCAGGUUCAAGCCAAGAUACCUGUAGAUACAGCCAAGAAAGAUCCAUGUCUGAGACCCCGGAGAGCUGCCGCCGCCAGUCCACUGUACUGACUUAGAUAGACUAAUCGGGUAUUGGACCGUUUCAUAUGCUAGAGAAGCUUCCAAAUUAAGAUUCCUUCUGCACUCUUAUACAAAUGUACUAAGUGCUAGGGGUGAGGGGAAAGAGGAAGGAUUGCUAGGGUUGUGCAUGUCCAUGUCACUGAGCCAUUUGUCAGUCAAUACAUUACGACUAAUGGCCCCAUGUACUUAGUACAGCUGCACUGAAAUGCAGGAGUGAAGAUGUUGUUUGCUCUUGGUUGCCGCUCUGGAGGAGGCCCUGGGCAUUUUCCACUGUUGGCUGCAUUGUGUCUGUCCUGUAAGGACAAAGAUCAGAAUCAUUGCUGAAGUUGACUGUGAAAUUCACUCUGCGUAAGCAACAGUAUAAAAUGACAAUAGACUUAAAAAAAAUUGAGGUGGGGGGAGGGAACCCAGCCACUUUCUUCUAGUAAUAGCUUGUUUUUAAAACUGGGGAAAGCCUUUAGACUUUUAAUUUUACAACCACCACCAAUACAUUUUAGCAUAAAGUCUAAUGGUACAAAUCAUUUAUGCAAAAGUUCUCCCUUAGUUGCAUUAGGGUUGGGGUCUCUAAUUUUGCAUGCAAAUUAAGUAACUGUGUAAAGCACUGAUGAACUAUGAAUGUUUUGCAUUCACUUAGCACAGGCAUGAAUGACUCAAGGUAUUUGAGUAAAGGGUCAAAAAUCCUUUGUUUUCUUUGUUGAGAGAAGUGACAGAAUUCUGUCUGCAAGAGCUCUCUACAUAGCUGUUUAGCUUAUGACACAAAUCUGUUUUGUAAUACCAGCCAAUUUCCUAAAGCGUCUGAAGUUUCUGCAGUUGUAUUUCAAAGCAGUGGUUUGCUUUCAAGUCCUUCGAUUUAAUUCCCCAGUAUAGGCCGAAGGAAACUGAAAAUCAGGGUAGGCCUCUAGUGCUGCAGGCGAAUAUUUUGGACUCCCGUUCUUUGAAUUGACGUGGGAAUUCUGGCUUACUCCUUGGCCAUUCCAGUCCGAAAAACAGCUCACACUUCCAAGACAAUGGCAAUUCACACAAGAGUGCACACAAAACCCUUGGCAUAAGACGAAAAAGUUCUUCGUAUUUUGUGGGCUGGUUGCUGUAGAAACGUACAACAAAGGACAGCCUACCCCUUCUGGUAUAAUUGUGUAGCCCCUUUUCUCUUGGCUUGACACCUGUCUGAAUAAGAGUGAUUAGAGCUGAAUAGUGUCCCUUGUCUGACAAUUGAAGAUGCGGUUCACGUACAAAAAAAGGAAAACCGUACAAGUGAAGAAGUAAAAUAUCUAUGUUGUGUCUCUUUGUUUGCUACUACAUUUUGAGGUUUUGUAAAACUGCAUUUUUUUCACAAUGUGAAACUGAAGGUCAAUAAAUUAUUAGAGAUUUUCUCUUCAAUGAACAA